AUAAAGAGAAGUGGUAGCUGGGCAGAGAGCAUCGUCCUCCUCAAUCUUCAUCAAUAUCAGUAAUCAAUUAUGGCAUCCCAUUCGGGCCAAUCCCAAGGUUCAGUGGUUUUAGUUGUGAGUGUCCUACUUGUUGUGUGUGGUAGUGUGAGGAGCACUAGUAGCAAGGAAAAUACAACAACUCCUACGACAUAUUUCGACGUUUCUUCUCUCAACCGGAGCAGUUUUCCGGCGGGUUUUAUAUUCGGCACAGCUUCUGCAUCUUACCAGUAUGAAGGCGCUGCAAGAGAAGAUGGUAAGGGACCAAGCAUUUGGGAUUAUUACAGUCACAAAUAUCCAGAAAAGAUAAAAGACGGCAGCAAUGGGGACGUGGCUAAUGACCAAUACCAUCGCUAUAAGGAAGAUGUUGGGAUUAUGAAAGAAAUGAAUCUGGAUGGUUAUAGAUUCUCUAUCUCAUGGUCCAGAUUGUUGACAAAUGGAAAACUUAGUGGGGGAGUGAACAAGAAAGGAAUCGAAUAUUACAACAACCUCAUCAAUGAACUCCUAGCAAAGGGUUUGAAGCCCUUUGUGACAAUAUUUCACUGGGAUCUUCCCCAAGCUUUAGAAGAUGAAUAUGGUGGUUUCUUAAGCCCAGACAUUGUGAAUCAUUAUAGGGACUUUGCAGAACUUUGUUUUAAGGAAUUCGGAGACAGGGUGAAGCACUGGAUCACGUUGAAUGAGCCAUGGACCUACAGCAACGGUGGUUAUGCAAAUGCCAACUUGGCACCAUUCCGAUGCUCGGAAUGGCAAAAACUGAACUGCACAGGUGGGGAUUCCGGGACUGAGCCUUAUUUAGUCGCACACCACCUUAUUCUUUCCCACGCUGCCGCCGUCAAGUUGUACAAGGACAAGUAUCAGGCAUAUCAAAAGGGGUUGAUAGGGAUAACACUAGUGUCCCACUGGAUGGUUCCAUAUUCUGACUCGAAGAACGACCAAAAUGCUGCACUUCGAGCACUUGAUUUCAUGUUUGGAUGGUUCAUGGAUCCCUUGACCUAUGGUGAUUAUCCACGUAGCAUGAGAUCUCUUGUCGGAAAGCGACUGCCUAAAUUCACCAAAGAGGAAUCUAGGCUAGUAAAAGGGUCAUUUGACUUUCUGGGAUUGAACUAUUACACUGCUAACUAUGCACGCCAUGUAUUCCGUUCCAAUAAUGCUGGGUUGGGAAGUUAUACCACAGACGCUCGCGCUAACCAAUCAACUGAGAGAAACGGGAUACCCAUUGGCGAAAAGGCUGCUUCAAAUUGGCUCUACGUUUAUCCAAGAGGAUUUUAUGAUCUAUUGCUUUACACAAAGACAAAGUAUCGUAAUCCACUGGUUUACAUAACAGAGAAUGGCAUUGAUGAGUUCAAUGACCCCAAAUUAACACUUGAGCAAGCCCUUGUCGACAAUCAAAGAAUUGACUACUACCGUCGCCAUCUUUAUUACCUUCAAAAAGCGAUCAAGAGUGGCGUGAAUGUGAAGGGAUAUUUUGCAUGGUCAUUGUUGGACAACUUUGAAUGGAGUUCUGGUUACACCGUUCGAUUUGGUAUCAACUAUGUGGAUUAUAAACAUGGGCUCACAAGAUACCCAAAAAGUUCUGCCCAUUGGUUCAAGGCUUUCCUCAAAAGAUAAAAUAUACUAUAUAUAUGAUGACAGAGACUUGUACGCGUUACACAUUCCAUAUUACGUUCCAGUCUGUCAUUAUUUCUUAUCUACAGUCUGAAAUAACGCACUUCGUGAUCUCAGCAUAAGUGAAUAAAUUAAUUAAAACACUUUGCUUGUUGAGUGAUUGUAUACUCUAUCUGAUUUUUUUUUUUUCUUUGGGUAAAAUAUUUUAUAUGAAUAAGACGCCUUUCUUCUCUUA